AUGUUUCCCUCGACCUUCACUCGCGCUGCUUUUGCAGCUGGACUCCUUGUCUCUGGCGCCGCUGCGACUUACAAUGCUGCCGCUAAGACGAACAUUGCUAUGUACUGGGGUCAAGGAUACGAUCAGAUCCCACUGAUCGAUGUUUGCACUGACCCGAACGUUGACAUUGUCAACAUCGGCUUUCUGGAACAAAAAGUCAUCACCAAGUUCCCUACAGUGGUCGGCGCAUACCCCGGAAGCAACCAUGCGAACGCAUGUGGCAGUACUGUAUAUUACGAUCCAGUCCUGAAAGAGGACAGCACUCUGUUCAAUUCCUGCCCUGGCAUAGAGGAGGCUAUCAAUGCUUGCCACAGGAGAGGCAAGAAGGUCAUGCUCUCCCUUGGAGGCGGUUGGCCCACGGACUACUACCUCAAGGACAAAGACGUCGCAGAAUGGACUGCUGAGUUCCUGCUCGGUGCCUACGGCAAAGUCACCCCUGAGUGGAAGGCUGCCGAUAUGCCGCGUCCGUUCGGCAACGCGUUCGUAGACGGCUUCGACUUCGAUCUCGAAGCGCAAUUCUACAACAUGCCUGGAGGUGACGAGAAGUUUAUCUACGCCAACUACGAACACUUCGGCAACUACGUCAAGACGCAUUCGAACAUGCUUCUCUCCGCUGCUCCCCAGUGUGUCGUCCCUGAUGCUAGGAUCUCCCCUAUCAUGAAGAAGUUGAAAUUCGACAUGAUCUUCACCCAAUUCUACAACACCUGGGAAUGCUCUGCUGCCAAAGAGGUCGAUGACAAGAAGAAGAAGCAGCCCAGCACUUUCACCUUCCAGAAGUGGAUCGACGAGAUCAAGGCCUCCGCGAACCCCGACGCCAAGUUCUACAUUGGAUUGCCUGCCGGUCCUGACGGCGUGGAGAGCCAUAAGGACCACUACCUCGAGCCCCUUGACGCAGACUUCUUGCUUCGAUUCUACAAGAACGACCCCAGCUUUGGUGGUGUUAUGCUCUGGGAGGCGACUGUGUCUGUCAGGAACCCGACAUAUGGCCAGUCGUACGGUACAUGGAUGAAGAAGUCUCUUGAGGGCACCUUCAUGAAGGAUUUCCACCCCGUCGUGUCCUCCAGCACUCAGUCUUCGUCGACCGCUACCCCGACUUCGACCAAGCUAUCAUCCUCCAGUACUCCAGUCUCGUCUACGAUGGUCUCGUCUUCCACUACCAUCUCCAGCAGCGCUAUGACUUCCAGCACCCCUGUCUCCAGCAGUAUGGUCUCCUCCAGCACUCCUGCUCCCAGCAGCAUGAUCACCAGCAGCAGCGCCUCAUCUUCGUCUGCCUACGUCACCUUGAGCUCGGUCUCCAGCAGCAGCUCUGUCCACGUUUCUUCCAGCUCGUCCGUCGCGGAAUCGUCUUCUGUCGCCUCCAGCUCUUCUUCCGCCCAGGAGAGCAGCUCAGUCUACAGCGAGAUGCCCACUGCUAGUGAGAGCGCCAGCUCCGUUGCUACCGUCAGCAGCACCAUGAUCGAGCCCUCGUCCAUCGCUACCAUCUCUGCAUCUGCCUCCAGCAGCGAGUCGGUCUACGUUCCUCUCCCAACGGAGACUAUCACUGCGAGUUCCAUUGAGUCUGUCAGCAGCAGCAUGGUCGAGUCUUCUUCCGUCCCUGAGAUCACCGCCACUGUCAGCGCCAGCUCGGUGUACGAGACCUCCAGCACCAUCGAAUCUGCCAGCAGCAGCAUGAUUGAGUCGUCUUCCGUCCCUGAGAUCACCGCCACUGUCAGCGCCAGCUCGGUAUACGAGACUUCCAGCACCAUCGAGACCGUCUCCAGCACCCUCAUUGAGCCGUCAUCUGUCGCCACGAUCUCUGCUUCCGAGACCGCCAGCAGCUCCGUCUACGUUCCUUCCCCGAGCGAGACCUCUGCUUCCAGCGAAGUGUCCUCGUCGGCCUCAAGCUCCAGCGACAUGUACCCUACUGGUUCAGUCUCUGCGUCCACCCCCGAGGCUGCGUCUUCUACCCCAUACGUGCCUUCCAUGGAGUACAGCAUGUCAUUCUCUGCCGUUUACCCAUCCGAAGUCCACUCGUCUGUUGUCUACUCAUCCGGUGUAUACUCCACCGCAUCGCCGAUGUACCCCACCGACACUGUCUCUGCUACAUACCCUGCUGAGAGCUCCAAGGGCUCUAUUGCAUCCAGCACUGGCCACGUGAGCAUCCCAUCCGUAACGGAGAAGCCUGAGUACCCCGAGUCUUCCAAGGUUCCCGCCGGCUCCACCACCUCAGUCGUCACAACUACCUACGUCGAUGUCUGCCCCACUGGCUUGACCACCGUCACCACCACCUACGUUGCGACCGUCUGCACUAAGUGCGCAAAGCCCACCGGCUCGACCGACGUACCUGAGGGCUGGACUACCAGCGUCUACACUGCCAGCACUGUCACCGUGACCAUCACCAAGCCCAUCGCUACCGCCACCCACGUGCCCGCAUACCCAUCCUCUGCUCCUUCCGUCGCAUACCCUGCGGACUACCCGGCUAAGCCCGUGUCCUCAGGCAAGCCUGCAUACUCUGCCGUCCCUGAGGCGUCUAUGCCCGCGUACCCUGCGGUUCCUAAGCCCUCCAAGUCCGCCGAGUACCCGGCCGUUCCUGAGGCGUCUAUGCCCGCAUACCCUGUUGCGCCUGAGGCUUCCAAGGCUGCUGAGUACCCAUCCGUCCCUGAAGCUUCCAAGGGCGCUGAGUACCCGUCUAUGCCUGAGGCCUCCAAGGCCGCAGAAUACCCUGCCAUGCCCGAGUACCCCAAGAAGCCCGUCGAGCAGGAGGCCACCAGCACCAUGUACAUGACCCUCACCAAGGUCGCAAUGUCCACCUACACUCCCGCUCCUUACCCAACUGCUGGAGGUGCUCCUUACGUCCCUGCCGGCCCUGCUAUGAACGGUACCAGCAUGUACGCGCCUAUGCCUACUGGCACUGGUAAGCCUACCAUGCCUUCCCAGUACAUGCCACCUGCGGAGUUCGAGGGCGCUGCUAGCCGUGUUGGAGCUGGGCUCAUGAUGCUCGUUGGUGCUGUUGGUGCCGUUCUAAUUCUCUAG